GCGACGAUUGUUGGCGGUGAUGAGGGAGGAGGAGGAGGAGGAGGAGCAGGACGACCUCUUAUGGCGGAACAUUUACUUUCGCAAGCUUCGUGAGAAGCCUGUGCUGACGUCUGCGGAUAUCUGCGACCGGUAUGCCUUCGCGAAGAAGUACCGCGGCAAAUCCAAGCGGUGGUAG